AUGGCUCCUGUUCAGUUCCAUCGCUGGCCGUCAACCCGGUUAUCCAGGACGUCCAUCGAUGGGUCCUACGGAACCUGUCUCUUUCUCGGCCAACCGCCGUCCCGCCUUCCUACAAGAGUGCCCUGGGAAGAUAAACCUCUUCUCAUGCAGGAGUUGACAGACAAGGAGCGGAGCAAAAGGCAAGGCGGAAUAGCUGACGGCAUCGUCGGCGCCCAGCAUUCCUUGAAACACAAUUCAGCCGCAAAGAAGCAGAACAGUCUACCAGUACCUGUGUUUCUCCCGCUCGACAUCAACCCGAGGGGACUCAAGGGGAUCAAGAAUCCAUUCGGCUUCAAGCUCGGUCGUGGCCGCGUUUCUCUCCCUGUCAUCGCACCCCCUCAGACGCACCACGAGCACGAAUUCGAUUGCGACGACAUUUUUCAAGCGGAACGCUCUCGCCUUCCUUCGACCUUCAGUGUGUGGAACCCGUCUCGUCGUGACCACCUUGAACGCAAGGAAUACGAUCUUCGCGACGGAGGACAACCUUAG